AUGGCUGUCACCCUUUGGUCCAUAUGGCAUGCCCAGCGAAAAGCUAUCCAUGAAGCAAUAUUCCGGAGCCCUCAAGUAACCCAUGGCUUUAUCGAGAGGUACCUGCAGGAUCUGGCGAUCAUACAAAAUACAGGCAAGAAUCAGAGAACAAGUGUCGCGGGCCCACGACCAGUUCAUCCGAAACCAAAAAAACCCCCGCCGGGACACCACAAAAUCCAUGUUGAUGCGGGUGUUCGAGUGUGGAGAGGUGGAUCAGCGGUAGCAGUCUGUAGAGAUGAAGAUGGCAACUACAUUGGAAGCUCGGCCCUGGUAGUUGAAGGAGUUUAUGAUCCCCCUACUUUGGAGGCAAUAGCAUGUCGUGAAGCUUUGGCCCUGGCAGAUGAUCUGGGCAUUCAUCACUUCACCGUGGCAUCGCAGGUUUUUUUACCCCUAAAAAAAAAAGCAGAGAGGCCGCAAGAAAAUGGAAGCAGCAGCAGCACGAGCGCGACCACGAAUGGCGUCGACCUCAAGAUUGUGCCGCCGGCCGGCUUCCUCCUCCACCGCCGCGCCGCCGUCCCCAGCGCCCCUAUUCUCCGGGGGAGGAGCGCGAGCGGGCGGUGCGGCCUCGCCAUCUUGGUUUCGUCCUCCAAUGGUGCAGCUGGGCUCUCCCCACUGAGUGACUCGGAGAAGAAAGGCCCUGUGGUGAUGGAGAUCCCGCUGGAAAAUAUCCGGACGCGUGCCAAUGAUCCUGAUGAGGUGCAGAAGCUCAUGGACAGCAUCCGUGUCAUCGGCCUCCAAGUACCAGUGGGCAUCUUUUCCUUUAACAUUAAUUUUUACCAAAAUUAUUUUCUUUUAGUUCAUAAGUUAAAUUAUGUCAGAACUGGAAUUUUCUUAUGUGGAAUUAAGUACAUACAAAUAAAGUUAUAUACAGAGCUAAUACAUGGCCGAACACUACUACUGAAUUCAGUGAUCUCCAUACAGUUGUCUAGAGGAUGUUUGUGCUAUGGUUGAUUGAGUAUGCGCGUCAAUAUUCAAGUUGGGUUGUUUACAUGCAUGUUCUGCGGUACACCGUCACAAAGUAU